GCAGCCAGCAGAAAAAAACCCGUAAACAAAACAAAAAUCAAGGCAAAGGCACAUCUUCUUAGGCUACAAUCAACAAAAUCACAAACAAAACAACUCACUACUCAGACAGAACAGAACUCACCUACUCACCACAACACAACUCGAACUCUAUACAACUUUCCUCUUACUUAAACCGUCUAAGCUUUAGCUGCCGCACUCCCACUGCCCGCAGUAAAAUGUUUAGUAGUGUUUACCAAACCCACCUCUUUACAUUGAGAAAUUCGGGAACUAAAUUGUCCAGUAUGAGUAAUAAAUACAGUACUGCUCCUAUUUCAAGGCUGAAAGGAAAAGUUGCAAUUGUCACUGCAUCUACUGAUGGAAUUGGUUUCGCUAUUGCUAAACGCUUGGGAGCUGAAGGAGCUAGUGUUGUUGUUAGCAGUCGUAAAGAAAAGAAUGUAAACGAGGCUACUAAGAAACUUAAAGAUUCAGGCUAUUCAGUUGCUGGAACUGUAUGUCAUGUGGCAAAAAAUGAAGAUAGAAAAUUGUUGUUUCAAACUGCAAUUGACAACUUUGGAGGAAUUGAUAUACUGGUCUCUAAUGCAGCAGUAAAUCCUACAGUUGGUCCAGUUUUAGACUGUCCAGAAGAGGCGUGGGACAAAAUUUUUGAUGUAAAUGUCAAAUCAGCUUUUAUGUUGUCCAAAGAAGUCCUUCCUCACUUGAAGAAACGCAAUGGUGGCUGUAUUGUAUACAUAUCUUCUAUCGCUGGGUUUCAUCCUCUAAGUUUGUUGGGAGCAUACUCUGUCAGCAAGACUGCUCUACUAGGCUUGACCAAGGCAGCAGCUGUGGACCUGGCCCCUGACAACAUCAGAGUCAACUGUCUCGCUCCAGGCAUUGUACAAACUAGGUUCUCUAGUGCUCUUCACGAAACAGAAACAGCAAAAGAAAUAGCUAUGUCAAUGAUUCCAAUGAAAAGGUUAGCACAGCCUGAUGAGAUGGCCUCAGUUGUAGCUUUCCUGUGCUCGGAAGAUGCUUCUUACAUCACAGGAGAAACGUUCAUUGCCGCAGGUGGAAUGGCUUCCCGGCUGUGAAGCUCUUCCUUACACACUUAACACAAAUGAAAUAAAGGGAAACCAGCUUAUAGGACACUGGCCAGGGUAAACAAGACAAUAGAAGUCAUGAUUUGAUAAUUGUUUAGUAAAGUUUACUAUUGUACCAUAAAUUUGAACAGUCCCAUUUCUUUAUGUAGGCUUAACAUUCCAAAAGAGUCCAUAAAAAGGUAAUAUUUUUCAGUUUAUUGCAUGGUGUUAGCUAUUAACUCAGUUCCAUGGCGGUGCCAUGUUGCCACACACCCUUGUAUUAGAGGAGGCUUUAUUUCAUUUUUUUACCUUUCUGUUAGUUUGUUAUUUGUAUCUUUACAUUAUUAUUGAUUUAUUGUUUUAUUUACAAGUUUUUUGACUGUUUUACAACCUGUUAAUUGUUCUAAUGUUUAUAUAUGAAAUAAAAUUUAUAUAUUUAUUAA